UGAGUAUCACCCUCUCAACGCGUCAGAGCAUGUCUAUGGUGUCCUAUGAAUCUCUAUGGAUACUGAGUUCUCAGCCGUCGAAAGGACGGCAUGAUGGAUUCAUCGCGCUGACAUCGGAUGCUGCUUAGACCAGUACAACUUACAGUUAUUUGCAGAUGCCAUUCGUCAAGAACGUCAAGUCGGACGCUUAUUACUCGCGGUUCCAAGUCAAAUACCGUCGCCGGAGAGAGGGCAAGACUGACUACUACGCCCGCAAACGACUUGUCACCCAGGCCAAAAACAAAUAUAACGCCCCCAAGUACCGCCUGGUGGUCCGCUUCACCAACAAGGAGGUCAUCUGCCAGAUCGUCUACGCACGCAUCCAGGGUGACUUCGUUCUGUGCGCUGCUCGCUCACGAGAACUGCCGAGAUACGGCAUUAACCAUGGUCUCACGAACUGGACUGCCGCCUACGCGACUGGCCUUCUGUGCGCACGUCGCGCUCUGACGAAGCUCGGCCUCGCCGACAAGUACCAGGGUGUAACGGAGCCCGACGGCACUAUCUCGAUGACGGAGACCCUUGACGAUGAGGACGCUCCACGACCUUUCAAGUGUUACCUCGACGUCGGUCUGAAGCGCACGUCGACUGGUUCGCGUGUCUUCGGUGCGCUCAAGGGUGCAAGUGACGGUGGAAUCUACAUUCCCCACAGCGAGAAGCGUUUCCCCGGCUACGACGCCGAGACAAAGGAGUUGGACUCCGAAGUUUUGAAGAAGUACAUUUUCGGCGGUCAUGUCGCAGAGUACAUGGAAUCGCUGGAGGAGGAAGAUGACGAGAGGUUUAAGAAGCAGUUUUCGACCUAUCUUGCUGACGGUGUUGGCUCUGAGGACAUCGAGGAGAUCUACACGAACGCCUAUGCUGCGAUCCGGGAAGACCCCUCGUUCAAGCCCACCGAGAAGACCAAAGACUGGGCGGCAGAGAGCAAAAAGCACAGGUCUCCCAAGCUCACCCUUGCGGAGCGCAAGGCCAGGAUCCAGGCCAAAAUCGAGGCCUUCCAGGCUGGUGCGCCUGCGGAGGAAAAGCCAGAGGAGGACGAAGAGUAG